GGGGCAGGGUUUUUUUGUGAAUCCCUCAGCUAGAGCCCGGGACGCUUCACAUGCCCUCCGAAGCCCUUUCCGUCGCUCCUCGCCAACCACCCCAGACGGAAGGGUUGAGCCCUCGCAUGCAAAUCAAAGCAGGUUCCUCCGGCGCGGCCGACAGAGCCCUGGCAACCGCAGCUCGAAGUGGCCAAGCACCCACGGGGAGGCAGCCUCGCCUUUCGCCGCUCGGCUGGACGCAGAAGUGCAGACUGCAUUCCUGCUUCCAUGUUCAGUUGACUUCAGCUCACGGUUAUGGAUGCACAAAAUGAAAUAGAUUUUUCCAGUCCUAACAUUGCACCAUUGUGGAGGAGGAGGGCUGCUUACCAAGUACAACUGCAGAUGAAGAACAAACCAAGGCCUCAGUCCUACCAGAGUUCCACCGGGGUCCUUUUUACAGAUUUCCCUGUGGAGGACAGAGAUACAUUCACCUUAACUCAGCCUGCUGAAACAAUACUUACUUCUCUGGACAGUAAACCCAUUGAAAGGAGUCCUAUGCUUUUCAGCACUGGCCUUGGCUCUGUGCCAAAUGGAAAGGUUCAAUUUCCUGAACAUAAAACUCUUUCCCCUUGGCUUUCAGACCAGUCACCUCAAUUCCUGAAAAUGGUUUCAAACAAUUCCAUAAAUUUUACGACUUGUGAUUCAACAAGCAGUAAACCGGUUCACUCAGGGAGAAUUUCCAAACGACCAGUACAGAGUCCUGAGAAGGAACAAAUUGUUUUCCCUUCAGAUCGUGGAUUGUCACUUACAGAAGUUGUGCAUUUGCCAAAUAACAACACAGCCGCCACCUCAGCAUUACAACCUGGACAGCUGCCUAAAAAAGCAGAGAAGGCAUCUGUUUGUCUGUCUGUUUUGUCAGAACAACAGCAUCUGCCCCUCCAAAGACUGCCAUCGAAUCAGAAUGAGAUCACAGAAACACCACCUGUGGUGCUGAGCACAAAUAGCCCUGCUGCUUUAAAAGUGGGGAAGCAACAAAUCAUCCCUAAAAGUUUAGCUUCUGAAACAAAAGUAACUAACAAAGCCAACAGCCAAAAUGUGGAGCCAGACAGAAGGGUUCUUAAAGUACGCAGUAUGGUGGAGACCCGUGGUGUGCCUUCGAUAUCUGGAAGAGAUGAAGAAGCAGAAGGUGAUUCAGAAAGCCCAGGGAUGCUGAGGCGUAGUUUGAGGUCUACUUCAUAUCGUCGAGCUGUUGUGAGUGGCGUUGACUUCAACAGUAGUGCUAACGUUAAGAUGAAAAACAGAAUGUCUCAGCCAGUGCUGAAGGCAGUCGUGGAAGACAAGGAGAAGUUCUCUAGCUUAGGAAGAAUAAAGAAGAAAAUGCUGAAAGGACAAGGGACCUUUGAUGGGGAAGAAAAUGCUGUGUUGUAUCAGAACUACAAAGAAAAAGCUCUGGAUAUAGAUUCUGAUGAAGAGGUAGAAUUGAAAGACUGUAAAUCAAAUGAAAAGAUAGUUAUUGAAUACAAACCUCUGAGAUCAACAUGGAGUCAGUUGUCUGCGGUGAAGAGGAACAGCUUAUUCCAGACCAUCAGCCAAGAAGAAAGAAAAAGACAAGAGGCUAUAUUUGAAGUAAUUUCUUCGGAACAUUCAUACUUACUCAGCCUGGAAAUUCUGAUCCGGAUGUUUAAAAACUCUAAAGAGUUAGCUUCUACAAUGACCAAGACAGAAAGCCACCACCUGUUUUCCAAUAUUGCUGAUGUCUGUGAAGCAAGCAAAAAGUUCUUCAGAGAGCUUGAAGCAAGGCAUCAGAAUAAUAUAUUCAUAGAUGAUAUCAGUGAUAUUGUGGAAAAGCAUACGACGUCAACCUUUGAUCCUUAUGUGAAGUAUUGUACUAAUGAAGUCUAUCAGCAGCGGACACUUCAGAAACUAUUAGCUACUAAUCCAGCUUUCAAAGAAGUGCUGUCACGGAUCGAGUCUCAAGAAGAGUGCAGGAAUUUACCCAUGAUUUCUUUCCUCAUUCUCCCAAUGCAAAGGGUUACACGACUGCCGCUACUGAUGGAUACUAUUUGCCAGAAAACACCUAAAGAUUCACCAAAAUAUGAAGCCUGCAAACAAGCUUUAAAAGAAGUUAGUAAGUUAGUUCGCCUCUGCAAUGAAGGUGCACGAAAAAUGGAAAGGACAGAAAUGAUGUACACUAUCAACUCCCAGCUUGAAUUCAAAAUCAAGCCAUUCCCGUUGGUUUCCUCUUCUCGGUGGCUGGUGAAACGGGGUGAAUUGACAGCGUAUGUGGAAGACACCGGGCUUUUCUCUAAAAGAACAACUAAGCAACAAGUUUACUUCUUCCUCUUUAAUGAUGUCCUCAUUAUCACAAAAAAGAAAAGUGAAGAGAGCUACAAUGUCACAGAUUAUUCCUUAAGGGAUCAACUUUUAGUUGAACAGUGUGAAGGCGAAGAACUGAAUUUCUCUCCUGUAAAAAACAGCACACCUAUGCUUUACUCUCGGCAGAGUUCUGCAAAUCACCUCUUCAGAUUAAAUAUCCUAAGUAACCAUGCAGGAGAGAAAAUUGAACUACUGCUGGGAACUGAAACUCAAAAUGAACGGGCUCGCUGGAUUACUGCACUUGGUCAGAGCAGUGAUAGACGUACUAUGGACAGAACAACACUGACCCAAGUAGAAGUCAUCAGAUCAUACACUGCCAAACAGUCAGAUGAACUAUCCCUCCAGGCUUCUGAUGUAGUUCUUGUCUACCAGAAAGUGAAUGAUGGCUGGUAUGAAGGAGAGCGGUUACGUGAUGGAGAAAGAGGAUGGUUCCCAAUGGAAUGUGCCAAAGAGAUCACAUGUCAAGCCACAAUUGAGAAGAAUAUGGAAAGGAUGGGGCGCUUGCUAGGCCUAGAAACGAACGUAUAGCCUGUUGCUGCAGUAUAUGUAUGUACUUUAGAAUUUGCACUCAGUGAGGGCUGGGUCAAUUUGGCCACCUCCAGAUGAUUACUUUCCAGCUAUGGUGUUUUAAAAAGGGAUAUGGUUUUUGCAACUAAAAGAAGACAACCAUAAAGAGAGAACAUGCAAGUUGGCCUUGUUCAGUAAAAAAGGAAUAGCAGAAUGAAUUAUUUUUUUAAAAAAUCAUUUUAAUUAAAAACCAUUUUCACAAUUCUAUGAAGCCUCAAAGAACAAUCACUUGAACUUCCCAGGGGAACAGACACUUGAAUUUUAAUUCAAGUACACCACUUUUUAAAGUAAAGUUCUAGAUUCCAUCCAGUUCACAUUCUGUUUUGAUUUACUGGACCCCCUUUUCUGUAAAAAAUUGUUUCAACCCAACGUGGGAUACUGAUACGCAAAAGCACCCUUCCAUUAUGUUCUGAUGCUGUGGAUGUGUGUAUCGUGACCAAAUCAGCUGGAUAUGUUCAUUUCUUGAUGUGGAGCUAGAGCGGAAGCAUGUAGAGUUGAGUGUACAGUUAUUAUGAAGUUUCACUGAGGGUUGAAGAGCUCAGGUAAAUGUUGAACUAAUGAUAUCAGUAGAAUUUACUGGGUUACACAGGUGGUUUUCAUUUCUUUCCCACAAUACUUGUAUCUACGCGUUUUGUAUAGCAUUUAUUUGUAGUUUUUCCAAUUACAUGUUUCAGUCAUCUUAAGACAAAGCAAGCUGUUCUGUGUUACUGUAAAGGACAGUCAGACGGCAGCAAAGAACUAAACAAAGUUGACAAUAUUUAUUUAUAUCCUACCUUUCUCCUAAUAAAGGGACACUUCCUGUUUGGCAAAUAUACACAAAGUUCUGAUCAAGCAGGAGACACAUAAGGUGCAGCUAAAACUGAGAGCAUGGGUUUUCUUUUGAUUUCAGAACACCAGCAUUCUAGGGUUAUUAGAAGUAACUCUUUUCAUCCAAUAUAUAUAUGAAGGAAGCCCACCGUUAGCCUAGGUCAGGUAGCUUAAAUUUGAGCAGAAUUACAAAAACUCAGGCUUCAGAUUUUAAAUAAAAAAUAUUCUAAAACAACAAAAUCCACCAAGACACAAAGAUACCCAGCUUAUGUCCAGGGGACGUGUUUAUAGUGUAUCAGCCUUCGUUACUUUCUAUCCAGUGGUUGAAAUUAACACAGUGACUACGUUUGUACUAGUUAUCUUAUUUAGCCUGUUUCAAAACUGAAGUAGCUUGCUCUUUAGUUCCAAACUAAUUAUGGAAAAUGCUCCAUCCAAUUUAUGGACAAAUUAUGUCCUGCCAUAAGUGCAGCUACAAACUUCCAAGCACUUGGUUAGUUGUCAACUCAUUACUUCUGAUGUCAAGUGAUAUUCUAAAUGUUUCCCUCCUCAAAAUUUGCCAAAAGAUUGAUCGCUUUGCAUUUGACCAGUAUUUUUUAUGUUGUUUUUCUUUCUUUUUCAUAUGCUUUUCUAUGUCAUCUUUCCCAGCAAAGCCGAUUACCAGAUCAUGGUCACACCCUUUCCAGUAAACAACUGUCCACAAAAUAAUUUACCUGUCCCUGACAUCUCACUGCAUUCCUACAUACAUUUGCUUUUUUCUUAUAUUCUUUAGCUGCACCCACACAGAAAGUCAAGCAAUCCAGUCAGGGAACCUCACAGGAAGAAAAAAAAACCACUACUAUACUCUGUCCUUGGCCAAUGUUACUUAUGAGAAAGAGAACUCAUAUUGAUCAGUCAUCAGCCUGGGCUGUGAUAACAGACUGAAAACACUAUACUAUUUGUUACUUUCCAUCACUAAUGAGAGAAUGGCAUGAAGAAUUUCUGUCAAAAUGCUUCUAAAAAUGCUUAUUACACUUGACGGUAACUAGCAAAUGUUAGUCAUUAAACCCACAAAGAAACUUUGACCCUGUUGUACUGCUUUUGAAAUGUCACAUCAUUACACCUUCAUUACUCACUCCUGAGUAACUAG